CUCAUAGUAAAUAGAAAUAAUGAAAAAGGUGAAUAAAUAAAAAUGCUAAAUUCUGUCUGGCCAAUAGAAGAACAAGAGCAACAAACAGCGAUCUUUCUCUCUCCUCCCUCGAUUCCACCACCAAUUCCAGUCUCUUCCCUCUCCCACACGACCACCACCGCCACUCCAUGGCUUCUCUGUUGCAGGCCGCCACCGCGGCCCUAACCCAAUUCCAAACGAACCAAACCGAUUACGACGGAGUGGAGUUCUGGUCGAACCCUGAGCGAACCGGCUGGCUAAUGAAGCAAGGCGAGUACUUCAAAACUUGGAGACGCCGCUGGUUCGUUCUCAAACGAGGCAAGCUCUUCUGGUUCAAGGACUCUAUGGUCACUCGCGAUUCAAAGCCACGCGGCGUUAUCCCUGUGGCCACGUGCCUUACAGUGAAGGGAGCGGAAGAUUUGCUCAACAAACAGUACGCCUUUGAGCUUUCGACCAGGACCGAUACGAUGUACUUCAUCGCCGACUCGGAGAAGGAGAAAGAGGAUUGGAUCAACUCGAUCGGACGGUCCAUAGUGCAGCACUCAGAAUCAGUGACAGAUUCCGAGAUCGUCGAUUACGAUAGCAAGCGAUGAUGAUAGAGUACUCAGGUUACAUUGUUACUCAAACAACUCUAAGCUACCGUCUCAUUGUAAUAGUUACAAGCAAGACUAAUAUAUGCAAUUCAACCAGUAUUUGAAGAUCCUCACAUGGUGACCCUUCUUGCUUGCAACAUAGCCAUAGUAAUCUGCAGUCUACACAGCAUCUCUGUUGCAAAGGACUGGCCAAGCCAUUGAUCAAACAAUUGCAGAACUGCAGGGGGCAAGAAGUAGGGGCGAUCGAGGUUUGCUGUCUGCUGAACCAGAUGGAUGCACGUUUUUGCAUUUGAUCAUCAUCAUCAUUAGAAGUGGCUGAUGCAAUAACAUGAAGGUAUUUAGGAGUAUUUGUCUGGUGUAGCAUGAUCUUAUCUAAGUAAAUGAAGCUGUAAACAAUCAUAAUAGUGUUCUUCUCAUGGGUUGAACAAUAUAAUUAAUAUCUCUUUCAAGAACUAUAUUAAGAAUUAUUGACA